CAAUAGUAUAGCACACCUGCUGCCGUAAAAAAAUUGAUAAGAAAAAUUAAUUCAAAAAUAAUGUGAUAGUGUUAAAAGAACAAUGGGAUUUAAGGUCAAAUUAGUUUUAACUCUUUUAGUUAUAAGUGCAAGUGUUAAAGGACAAGAUUACGAUGAACAAGCAGAAAGUAUAGUUGUUGGUAAUGAAUUGGACAAUGUAGUGGCAACAGAGCCAAGUGUAGAAGAGGCGAUAACAGAAACAACUGCGAUAGUCGAUGAUGCUCCUGUGGAUGUACUUUCUAAUUCUAUAUUAGAAACGAGAAGUGGCAAAUACCAGAAUUUCGAUGAUACGUUAACAGGAUUAGAAGCUGAGCCCGCGGCAGUAGAAACACCGGAAGUAAAUGCCGACCAGAGUGGAAGACAACUUUUGGACCCAGGCUCUACAAUUGACACAUAUAACGAAUUUGCUCAUAUUGAUGGAAGGGUUCUGCCAUCGACAACGUAUCAAAACAAUGGCCAGCCAUAUGUUAUCUCGACAGCCAGGCUUAACCAGAUACGGGCGAACUUCUUGUAUUGGUUCUACGACCAGGGCGGCACCGACAACAUUGGUGACUACCAGAGGGACAUCCAUACAUCCACUCCACAGAUUCAUAAGAAUUUCAAUUUUCAGUUGCCCUUCUUCGGGUUCAGAUUUAAUUACACCAGGUUGUCAAUGAAUGGUUACAUCUACUUCAGUGAUCCGCCAGACCACUACACAUACCCGCUUUCAUUCCCAAUAAGAGACUGGCCAAAUGUGAAUGAUCCAUCAUUCAUUGGUAUCUUCUUCAGCAAGUGUCGUAUUGGUAACCAACGGCCAGAGGACCCUGAUCAACGGAGACCUGGUGUUUAUUUUAGAUUGGACAGAGAUUUACAGACCCGCACUGACCAACUGGGUGUGGAGAUGCGAGAACGAGUAACAUGGGACAUCAGGCAAGGUGUAAUUGGUGCUCAGGCAUUUUUCCCUAAACAUGCUGUCACUAUCACAUGGAAGAACAUGUCGUUUGCUGGUGGAAUUGACAACUCACUUUAUUUGACAAACACGUUCCAAAUGGUGUUAGCAACUGAUGAAGUAUUUACUUACGCAAUAUUCAACUAUCUGGAAAUAAACUGGAGUUCACACACCGAAGCUGGUGGUGAUACCACCACAGGAGAAGGUGGUGUGCCUGCUUAUAUUGGAUUCAACGCCGGUAACGGAACUCAGAACUAUGAGUAUCAACCCUAUUCACAGGCUUCUGUACUUAGAGAUUUAACGGGUAGAGGUUGGGCUAACGGGUUCCCCGGUCGACACAUAUUCAGAAUUGAUGAGAAAAUAUUAAUGGGCACAUGCAACAAAGACAUUGACGGCGCCAAUCUACCUCUAAUGUUCGCUCCCGAAAGUGGUAACAUGUUGGGAGGGACCAUAGUCAACAUCACCGGCCCUUGCUUCGACCUGAAUGAUAGGAUCACCUGCCGAUUUGACACUGAAUCUGUAGUCGGAGCUGUGAUCGAUACCAACCGAGCUAUAUGUGUCCAGCCAAGAUUCUAUCAUAACGGAUAUGCUAGAUUUGAAGUCUCCAUAAACAACGAACCUUUCAAAUGGAAGGGGAAAUUCUUCGUCGAAACACCCGCAACAGCUACAGAAAAGAUCUUCUUCCCCGACAACGCCGUGCAUGAAGCUAAUCCACCAGAAAUCAGAAUUACUUGGGACCGCUUCAACUUGACUACAAAUCUUAAUGUGCAACUGCAAAUCACUUUGUGGGGAUAUAAGGAAAUCACCAUCAGACCACAACUAGAGUAUAUUGACAUGAUUGAAACGGGAGUAGCUAAUACUGGAGAAUUUAUUAUUAACCCGCAGAACUUCCGCAACAGGGAGAAUACUAUGCACAAUGAUAUGCAAUUUGGUUUCCUACAAAUAAACUUGACAACACCAGAAGAAUACAAAGGCAUUAAAAUAUCUCCCAUAUUAUGGAGUAGGCCGAUUCCACUUGCUUGGUAUUUCGCUCCACAAUGGGAAAGAUUGCAUGGCAGACGUUGGGCGCAGACUUUGUGUAACAACUGGCUUCGUACCGAUCGUUUCUUGAAAAACUUCGCUGCACAAAUUCCAGUUUGUCCAUGCACCCUCGAACAGGCGUUAUUGGACAAAGGCCGCUUCAUGCCUGACCGUAGUUGUGACAAAGAUAUAAAUCCUACUUGCAGAUACCACUGGGGUGGUGUGCAUUGCGUUCAAAGUGGAGCUCCAAGUUCCGAAGGCUCUGGUCAACAGUGUUGCUAUGAUAAGAAUGGAUUCCUUAUGUUAUCAUAUGACCAGAUGUGGGGUUCACGACCUCACAGAUCCCAUGACUUUGGAUUCAGUCCUUACAACGAAGCUAACAAGGUACCUUCCUUGUCCCAUUGGUUCCAUGACAUGAUUCCUUUCUAUCAAUGCUGCUCGUGGCAAGAAGAACAGGCUGUUGGAUGCGAAACCAUCAGAUUUGAACGCCGACCAACACAGGACUGUGUCGCUUAUCAAUCUCCUGGUGUUGCCGGUAUUUUCGGAGACCCUCACAUCGUCACAUUCGAUGACCUUCAGUACACUUUCAAUGGCAAAGGUGAAUAUGUCCUGACUAGAGUCGACCACCCUCAACUGAAGCUCGACGUACAGGGUCGCUUUGAACAAGUGCCAAGAAAUGUCUACGGCCCAGUGAACGCUACGCAUCUGACUUCUAUCGUCGCCGCUUCUAACAACUCAGUGCCUAUUGAGAUUCGUCUCCGUCCGCAACACGCUCAAUGGAGAUACAGACUCGAUGUCUUCGCUGACAACAAGAGGAUAUAUUUCGACAGAUCAGCGCUUAGAAUACAGUACUUCCCAGGUGUGACAGUAUACCAGCCUAUGUACAUUCUGAAUCAGUCGGAAAUUGUGAUAAUGUUUUCAUCGGGCGCCGGCGUCGAAGUUGUAGAAAACAGAGGAUUCAUGACUGCUAGAGUUUAUCUACCUUGGACUUAUAUGAAUCAAACGCGAGGUUUAUUCGGCAACUGGUCACUGGAUAUCAACGAUGACUUCACGAGACCGGACGGACAGAAAGUCGCAAUUGAUCUGAAUAACUUCCAGUCAGCGCACAGAGAUUUCGCACAAUACUGGCAACUCACAGACCGAGAGCAAAAGGACAUAGGUGUAGCAUUAUUCAUGAGGGAGUAUGGUCGAACGGCAGCUUACUACAACGAUAACCAGUUCAUGCCAAACUUCAUACGGGAACCAGCCGACUUCUUACCGGCAAACAGAUCGCACGAUGUUAACAGAGCUAUAGAAAUUUGUCAGGACUCGUACCAAUGUCGGUAUGAUUAUGGCAUGACCCUGAACAGAGACAUGGCAGAGUUCACAAAGAACUACCUAGCUUCUAUUACAAAUAUAAAAGAGACGAACACACAUCGUGUGAUUAGUUGCGGUAUUCUGGAGACGCCGCGGUUUGGUCGAAAGAGUAACUUCUUCUUCACUCCAGGAACUAGGGUAAACUUCGAGUGCAACCAGGACUUUAUUUUGAUCGGCGACAAACGACGUAUUUGCGAAAGCGACGGCCGUUGGAACUUACCUGAAUAUGGAUACACCGAGUGUCUACGUCAACAAGAGUACUCACAGCGCACGCUGUUUAUGACAUGGGGCGUCAUAAUGGCUAUUAUUCUACCAUUAGGGCUCAUGAUUUGUCUGUUUUGGUUCUGGUGCUAUUAUACUCCAAAAUCUAAAGGCAAAAAGACCUUCAGUAUCAACGAAUACACGCGCUCGAAAUCGUCCUCUAAGCUCAAUCUAAGAUCUGCAUCAAUGGGGAAUAUAACAGAUCCUAUGAAAAGUUCGACCUUACGUAGUGACUCUGAUAUUAAGCCAAAACUACCCGAUACUCCCACUGAAGAACGUCCGUUACACAAACCAGCUAUCACUAGGGCAGCACCUCUGCCACCGCAUGACGCUAAUUUAGAUGGUGAUAGUUCUGGGUUAGGUUAUACAGACUCUAAUAAAAGUGAUUCCGGCAAAUCUUCCACGUUCAAAAAACGUAAAGCGUAUGAUAAAACUUACAGAACUAAGGAGCCCAUACCAAAUGCUCCGAACAGUGAAUUUCCUGAGAAAAAUUGGGAUUUGUCUGAGGAAGAUCUACUAUCUCUAACUACCUCUCCUUCCGACACGGAAUCCAACCGAGAGUCGACUUUAACACGUCCCGCAAAAGAUAUUGAAUACGUUAGCAAACCCCGGCAAACUGGACGGCAUGCGCUGGCUAGCGACUCUGGUUAUUCAACAAAAGGAUCCGAAAACCCUUACGCUUUGAAAUUUGAUGGACAGUACAGUCCAGUACCGUCUCAGUACUCCCCAACUUACUCUGAUAUUUAUUCUCCUCCUCUCAGUCCCGCUCCCGAUAUAGCCCCAGGAAGUACAUAUAAUAAUCCAGGGUUACCUGAUACACCAAAAAGCGCUCCUGCUGAUGCAGUAAAAACUUUCACUCUUGCACCCCAAAAGGGUAAGCAAGAGUACUCAGCGCGUACCCUUGGUGCCACGUGGGGCAUCAUCAGCGCAAUCAUGUUGCCGAUUGUCAUCGUACUCAUCUGCAUUGGCUGGAGACUACUCAAGCGUUGGAAGAAAAAUCCAGAUACCUCUGAAGAUGAAUAUGCCUAUAAAAAACCUUACAUUGACGAGCCCUUGCAUGUGAACUCCGAUGAUGAAAGUAUACCAUACAAGAAGGAUACGACGGAAGACAGCCCAUUGCCCAGUGAACCCUUGAGGGUGUUUGACGAGCCAGGAGACAUAGGGAUACCGGUGUACGACCAGCAGCAACACUAUCCACCUCCGCCGCCACCGCAUCAAUCCUAUGGUCUUCCACAGCACCAACCCUAUACAUCAGCACAGGAUCCAUCGGCGCAAGAUCCAUCUUAUCCGUUAGUUCAGGAUCCAUCAUAUCCACCUGCCCAGGAUCAAACCUAUUCACCUGCGCAGGAUCAAACCUAUCCCUCUGGACAGGAUUCACUCUAUCCAUCUGCAGCAUCUACGGUGCAAGCGCGAGAUACGAAGUGGACGGGGGAAACUGAAAUAAAUUAGUAAUAUAAAAAUCAAACAUUAAUUUUUGUUAAUUUCAAAAGAAUUUAAUUAUAUUUAUAUUAACGUCCAUAUUUCCAUACAAUUUUGAAUUAUUAUUAUUCAUUGUUCUAAUAAGCUUGAAAUUAUUAAAUAAUGCAGGAUAUUUUGUACCAUUAGAUAUACAUAGAUAAGUUGUUAUAAUAACUUUUGCUAUUCUAUGUGGCAUGGUUCCGUGGGGGAGAAGGGCAUGAGUGUAUUGCCUAAUCUAAAAAACAGUUUAAUACAUUUACAAAUUGAAAUCUAUUUAAAAAUUAUGUUUUUCUGUAUGUUCUUUCUACUUUAUAUUAGAGUAAUAUCAUAUUAAUAUACAAGCUCUUCUUUGCCCUCGGAAAAUUCCACCUAUUCGCCAAUGAUAGUCAUUGUCAUUUGUGAUAGUUAUAAAAUAAUAAAUGAACAAACUUUACAAAUUAUGUUAAUUUGCUUAUUAAUUUAAAAUAAUGUUUAAUAUAACGUUUAUAUACGACUUAGAUUAAGAAUGCCUAAUUUUUUAUAAUUUAUCGCAGAGAUAAAGAAAUUUAUAUAUUUAAUAUAAAUUCCUUUAAUGACACCCACCAUAAUUAUAUGUAUAGGUAUUUACGCUUUAAAGUCAUUUACAAAAAAUGCAGGUUAAAUUUUGGAAAGAUUUUUGCGUUUUA